AUGGUGUGGCAGGUAAACUGUGAGGUCUGUCACAUGUGGGAGUCAAUGGAGGGCGCCUUAAGUCCGGGCGACUUCGUCUGCCGCAAGUGUCUGGAAAUCAGAGAGCUCCAGCUGAGAGUAGCUGAGCUGGAGUCUCAGGUGGAGAUGCUGCGCAGCAUUAGGGAUGGAGAAAACUUCCUGGACAGCUUUAUCCUGGAGCCGCACACUCCCCUGAGUCCCAAGGAAGAAGAAUAUAGCAGCGACGGACAUGACUGGGUGACAGUCAGGCGGGCAGGCAAGUGUUCCCGAAAGAGAGGGGCUGAAGAAUCCCAGACUUUAGCCUUGUCUGACAGAUCAGUUGAUUACAAUCAAUGCUGUCCUAAUGCUGAAGUAAGGAAUUAUUUUUUCUGUUGUUUGCCCAAUGCACAGGCGAAUUACACAAAUAGUGGAGAUGACAUAUUGGAAGGGGAUCUAAUUUCUCAAGAACAAAUUGUACCUGCACCAAUUAAUAGUCUUCAAAAUCCUAUAGAAUUAGCAGAAGGCUCUUUGUCCAGAGAAUUUCCUGCAGACUGGAGCCUAAAAACACGGUUGCUUUUUACAUCUCCUCAUCCAUUUAACUGGUCCGGUCAUCUCAAGGCAUCCGAGGAAGCUAUGGGGCUAAUGCAACACUGCCGUGCCUCAGUGAUUGAUUUUCCUCAGAAUAUAGAGGAUCCAGGAUCCUGUGCAGAAUUGCGCUGUGCAUUCCAGCAAAGUCUUGUUUACUGGCUUCAUCCAAACUUGCCCUGGAUACCACUUUUUCCUCGAAUAAGAACAGAAAAGAACAUAAGAAGUAAAAAUAAUCCGUGGUCUCAUGAUGAGGGACUUCAACAAGUGCUGAUGAGUGAAUGGUCAUUCAGCUUCAGUUCUCUGUAUAAUCUACUGCGGGCCAAGCUCUGUCCUUAUUGCUACCUCUGUACCUAUCAGUUCACUGUACUAUUCCGUGCAGCUGGAAUAGCAGGAAGUGAUGUUAUUACAGCUGUUAUUUCCCCUACAACAAGUGGUCUUAGAGAAGCUAUGAAAAAUGAAGGGAUCAACUUUUCCUUGCCGUUAGUAGAAGAUGUUGGAAAUGGGAGACAGAGGCUGAGUGAACCCACAGAUUCAGGAGCAGACAAUGCAGGAGAUGAAACCAAAGAAGAAAGCUUAGAUGUUCAGAAGAAACCAGUCAGUAGUAGUGAUGAAGAGGAUGAUGGUGGGUUCUCCUGGCUUGAAGAGAUGGGCGUGCAAGACAAGAUUAAGAAGCCUGAUGCCAUGUCCAUUAAACUUCGGAAGGACCACAGUGUUGUGCGAAUGGAUCAUAAGCCGGAAUCUGUGGUUUUGGUGAAGGGCCUCCACACAUUUACUUUACUGAACUUUCUGAUAAACAGUAAAAGUAUAGUGGCCGGGGCUGGACCACAGGCAGGACUCCCACCUACUCUACUGGCACCAACUGCAUUCAGAGGAGCCACAAUGCACACAUUGAAGGCUCGAAGCAUUAAUAUCAGGACUCGGAAUGCCUCUGGGAUGAAAGACUCCUACAGCCUGGAGAUUACUGGUCCCAUCAUGCCCAAUUCCUUACAUGCUUUGACACUGAUGCUAAAAUCUGCACAGAGGGGAAAAUUUACAGCCAAUCUUUAUACCCACGAACCCACUUCUGUGUUUAAUGUUGACCUCAAAUUGCAGCAAUGCAAAAGCAAGGAGCUACUUUCAAAGGAACUUUCUAAUAGUGGUCUACAUCCUGCAACAUUGGAGAAACUAAUGGAACAACCAGUAUUUGGAAAAUCAUCCAUUAGGCAUUUGGAAAUGAAUGACUACAGAUACGGCUGGAAAUUAUGAAAUCAGAGCUGAACCAAAAUAUAAUACAUCUGUUAAUAAUUUACUUCCACCGUUUUAGGUGGUGACCUGAAUGCAGCUAUGAAACUGAAUACACCAUUUAUUUUUCUACCAUCAAAUUAAUAAAUAAUUAUUGGAGCAUCACAAGAUUUGACACUGCCUUGUAUUGUAUAUACAUUAAUUUCAAUAAACUUGUCUUAAAUACCA